ACACCAACACGCGAGUGUCCACUGCGGUCCUCAAAACGACCCGGAAGUAAAAUUUAGGAUUGAAGAGGGGAGGGGAAAACAACAGUACAUCUAAGAUGGCGGAUGAACAGCAGGAAACAUCACAGGGAGAGAUGGAGGGAGGAGUGAACUGCCUCGCGUACGACGAAGCCAUCAUGGCACAGCAAGACCGAAUUCAGCAAGAGAUAGCAACCAGCACUCCCUUAGUAUCAGACAGACAGGAGUUGUCCAUCUUGCAGAGAGAGUACGCUCAAGAGGACACCAUCUACCAGCUCAAAAUUAAGGACUUGCACAAAAAAUACUCCUACAUCCGAAAGACGCGGCCAGAUGGGAACUGCUUCUACAGAGCAUUUGGCUUCUCCCACCUGGAGUCUCUGCUGGAUGACAGCAAGGAGCUGCAGAGGUUUAAAGCCGUCGCAGCCAAGAGUAAACUGGACCUAGUGGGCCAGGGCUUCACUGAGUUCACCAUUGAAGACUUCCACAACACUUUCAUGGACCUGAUCGAGCUGUGUGAGAAGCAACCGGGGCUGGAGGAGGUGCUGAACUCCUUUAACGACCAGAGCGUGUCGGACUACGUGGUGGUGUACCUGCGGCUGCUCACCUCCGGCUACCUGCAGCGGGAGCACGGCUUCUUCCAGCACUUUAUCGAGGGCGGACGCACCGUCAAGGAGUUCUGCCAGCAGGAAGUGGAGCCCAUGUCCAAAGAGAGCGACCACAUCCACAUCAUCGCGCUGGCCCAGGCCCUCAACGUCUCCAUCCUGGUGGAGUACAUGGACCGGGGAGAGGGGGGCACGGUCAACCACCACGUCUUUCCCGAAGGCGGCGAGCCACGCAUCUUCCUCCUCUACCGACCGGGCCACUACGACAUCCUCUACAAGUAAAAACCAAUCCCAGGGCCCCCCUCUCCUCCUCCUCCUCCUCGCAUCCUCUCCUCUCUUCUUCCACCACCACCACCACCACCACCAAGAGCUCCAGAAUUCACCACCACCCCUUCCCUUACUCCAUUUAGCUUCUAGAGUCUCGCCUGUCCGUGUGUGGCCAACCUCGAAGCAAUUGCGAUUUGUUGUGUUGUGUGUCGCAACUGUGUCUGGAGCCGAGUCGAGAUGGCCACACACAGACCACCCACACACACACACACACAUAAUGGGCGCACAUGCAAACUACCAGGCGGAUGUUUGAGAAUUCAGGCUCCUGAUGUCUUUGCAUCAUCCCAAUAGUGAGGAAGGCUGGGCUGGGUGUCAACAGGGGGGGAGCAGGCAGGUGGAGCGAGGGUGGUGGUAUUUGUGGGUGCUGGUAGCUGGGACGUGGGUGUGGGUGUGGAUGGGAGGAAGGGUUUUUCAUUCAAGGAGAUUGGGGCGAAAAACAAAGGGUGCGUUCCAAUAUGUGGCCUUGCAUCCUCCACUUGUGCUUGUGGCCUCCCGUUUUGCUGACGCCCCGCCUCGGUGGAAAAAACAAUUAAGUUUCCCUGCUGUCAGCCUAGCUACAGCAAUUCUUGGAGAACUAUUUUAUUCACCAUCCAGUUUGCAAAUGAGAAAAUGACUUUACAUUUGAGCUUUUGCAAGAUAUUGAAAUAUAAUGCUGUUGUCAGUGAUGUCAUCACAACGUAUUACUUCCUGGUACGAGGCCACGAGCACAAGUGGAGGACGCAAGGUUGCGUAUUGGAAUGCACACAUUCACCGCAGCAGCAGCCACCAUGUUAAUUCAUGCAGUGUGUUUGUUGGUGUGCGAGAUGAGUCACGGAUAGCUGCUGACUGUUGGAUGGCGUCCGGCUCCUUUUGUGUUUUUUCGGGGGGCCCGAGGCAACUUCGAGUUAGCAGCUAUCUGGCCAUGUUGUGCUAUGGUAUUCAAGAUGGACCCUACCAACCAACCAACCAACUAAACUUGAGUAAAGACUACUAAAUUUGUGGACAUGCUUUCAUUUUCACCUCUCCUUGAGUGAAAUAAUUGAGUUUUACCUUUUUAUACAGUUUUCUGAGGCUGGUGAUAUUAAUUACUCUUUGUUCCAAACUAGCAUGCAUCAUUAAACUGGAUGCUGGGUGUUAGGUGCUUGCUUGCUUGCUUGGAGCUAUAAUUAAUAUGGCCAGACUCAGAAAAUGGAUGAAAUGGUGAAAGGCAAAACUGAAUUAAUUCACAUGAUAGGAGGUGUAAAUAUUCCCACAAAUGCAGUGUUUGCUUCAAGCAGAGAAACAAAAUUUGUUCCUCACUUCAGUUUAUUAGUCUCUUCUCAUCACACACAAUGAUGAACUGAAAUGAAUAUGAAAAAAAAAAUUGAAAAUGGAAAAAAAAAACUUAAAAACUUAAUGAAAAUAGGAUACAAAUGAAUGACCUUAGCAGUGACUCCAGGCCUUUAGACAGUUGUACAGUUUUUUUUUUCUUUUGUGGUUGUAAAUGUUAUCAACUUGCUUUUGUUAGGGUUUUUUUUCUUCCUUUGUUACACUGCGUUUCAUGAGUUUUAUUAAAGGGAUCUUCACCUUAA